AUUUUUUCACCCCACACAGCAGACAACCCUCCUUCGGUUCGAUUUGGCAGCCAGCGCCGAUCGCGAGAAGACGACAGUGUCCAAGUUUGUUCCCGUCCACUCGCCAGCAGCAGCAGCAGCAGCAGUUGUGUGACCAUCUCGUCGGUGGAUUUCACGGGUCACGCGGCCGCAAAAGUUAGCACUUCUUUUUUUCCCCCGAGGGCACAACCCCCAGCGCGGAAUAAUUCCAGGAGGAAUCUAGUUUGAAGGAGGAGGAACACGAUAAUCGACGCCAAGAUGUCCCUUAACCGUGCUCAGGCCACCAAGGAGCAUGUCCUGGCCGUGUCCAGAGACUUCAUCUCCCAGCCGCGACUGACCUACAAGACCGUGUCCGGUGUGAACGGUCCGCUGGUCAUCCUGGACGAGGUCAAGUUCCCCAAGUUUGCCGAGAUUGUGCAGCUGCGGCUGGCCGACGGUACGAUCCGCUCCGGCCAGGUGCUCGAGGUGAGCGGCUCCAAGGCCGUCGUCCAGGUGUUCGAGGGCACCUCCGGUAUCGACGCCAAGAACACGGUGUGCGAGUUCACCGGCGACAUUCUGCGCACGCCCGUCUCCGAGGACAUGCUGGGCCGUGUGUUCAACGGUUCCGGUAAGCCCAUCGACAAGGGACCGCCGAUUCUGGCCGAGGACUUUUUGGAUAUUCAGGGUCAACCCAUCAACCCGUGGUCCCGUAUCUACCCGGAGGAAAUGAUCCAGACCGGUAUCUCGGCUAUCGACGUGAUGAACUCGAUUGCCCGUGGACAGAAGAUUCCGAUCUUCUCGGCUGCUGGUUUGCCGCACAAUGAAAUUGCCGCUCAAAUUUGUCGUCAGGCCGGUCUGGUCAAGCACACCGGAAAGUCUGUGCUGGACGAUCAUGAGGAGAACUUUGCCAUCGUGUUCGCCGCUAUGGGUGUCAACAUGGAGACGGCUCGUUUCUUCAAACAGGACUUUGAGGAGAACGGCUCCAUGGAGAACGUGUGCUUGUUCUUGAACUUGGCCAACGAUCCGACCAUCGAGCGUAUCAUUACGCCGCGUUUGGCGUUGACUGCUGCCGAGUUCUUGGCUUACCAGUGCGAGAAGCACGUGCUGGUCAUCUUGACCGACAUGUCCUCGUACGCUGAGGCCCUGCGUGAGGUGUCUGCUGCCCGUGAGGAGGUGCCCGGACGUCGUGGUUUCCCCGGUUACAUGUACACCGAUUUGGCCACUAUCUACGAGCGUGCCGGACGUGUUGAGGGUCGUAACGGAUCGAUUACGCAGAUUCCGAUCUUGACUAUGCCUAACGACGAUAUUACCCAUCCGAUUCCCGAUUUGACCGGAUACAUUACGGAGGGUCAGAUCUACGUCGACCGUCAGCUGCACAACAGACAGAUCUACCCGCCGGUCAACGUGCUGCCGUCGCUGUCCCGUUUGAUGAAGUCCGCCAUCGGUGAGGGCAUGACGCGCAAGGAUCACUCGGACGUGUCCAACCAGCUGUACGCUUGCUACGCCAUCGGUAAGGACGUGCAGGCCAUGAAGGCCGUCGUCGGUGAGGAGGCCCUCACGCCGGACGAUCUGCUGUACCUGGAGUUCCUGUCCAAGUUCGAGAAGAACUUCAUCUCCCAAGGUAACUACGAGAAUCGUACCGUGUUCGAGUCGCUGGACAUUGGCUGGCAGCUGCUGCGUAUCUUCCCCAAGGAAAUGCUCAAGCGUAUCCCGGCCUCGAUCCUUGCCGAAUUCUACCCGCGAGACUCGCGCCAUUAAGCUGCCGCUCUCCUCCCUCCCCCACGUCAAGUACUGCUUCACCCUACUUCUUCCCACCCCUUCCCCUUCUGUUUUCUUUUUCAAAGUAAUUGUUGUAUUCUCCUUGUUCGAUUUUGUUUUUUUGUUAUUCAAGUUUAUAUUUUUUGCCAUAUUUCAUGUGAACGAUGAUCAUGAGCCGAGAAAGUAUUGUUAUUUAAUGUAGACGGUGAAACAUCUUUCCACUUUUUGCCCCGCCCUCCCCUAAGAUCCAAAAUGUUGUCAACAUCUUAUCGAAGCAAAAAUAGUGCGUAUCGAAAAAAAAAUAGCCAGCGCGUUUGAUUCAACUUAUCGGACUUAAAUCGAGUAACAAACAAAUUAUAAGUGUGUGUGUCUCAAAUCAAGCAAAAUGUCAUUUCGCAAUUUCCCACUUUGCGUGCGUGUGUGUAAAAAGCAAACAAACAAUUCAACGCUGUGCAAAAAUGAAGCAUUCCUUUUUAAAAACUACGAACCCAGCACGUGUUUUACCCUCGACGCAACAAACAACAAAAAAACGGCCCAAAAUUAAAAGUGCACCCGCCGAUCGCGCGACUUUCCCUCGGGCAAUUUUCCCCGCGCAAAGAUCUCGCCCUGCCCUCCCACUUUGAAAAGCCCGCGCCAACCGAUCGCGUGUGUGAAAAAGAAUCGACUGCCAAAUCCCCGACUCGAAACACACAAAAAAAAAAUCGCAACCAACGCAAUCAACCAACAAGGAACAACCAAUAAUAGCACGAAAUGUCAUCUUGAAAGUGCAACCGGAACGAAAGAAGAGAAGCGAGCGAGCGGGGGUUUGAAAUUGAUUCCAGCGGGGAAACCUUUUCAGCAUCAGGAUUCUCCGCGGUCAACAUUUUCCGGUGGCGCACGCCGGCUCGGAACGAGAUCCCAGUCCAAAAGCAAAAGAGUCGGUGGGGGUUGGUGUGGCGUGGCUUUGGAAAGGUGAAGGUCAUUGGCGGGUUUUGGCGGGCAAGAUUGCGGUCCGAUCUUGGAAAGCCGCUUUCGGUGCGUGGUUCUUCUCUAUUGAUAUUUCUGUGUAAGAACCUUUAAAAUAAUCAACAGUUAAACAAUUAUUUUCUAAUCAUGCUUUGUGCUCUUGUGUGCUAAGGAAGUAGCGAAAUAAGCGAGGAAAAAGGUUCAACUAAGCGUAAGAACAAAUCUUAGUUUCGGUUUCUUUGUUUACUUUCGUGCUAAAAAAAAACAAUCAUUUUCUGCAAAUUAUUAAUUUUUUCUUUCCUUUUUUUUGCAAACACAAUUGUUAAUAUAUUUUUAAUCGCUAGUACGUAAGACCCCAAGCGUUUCCUUUUUUGCAUGUUCUUAUUCGUCGUCGUGUUAAAUGGUGAGAAAGCCCUCUCGAAAGGGGGCAGUUUGGUCACUUGGCAAGUGGCCACUAGCCUCCCGUGUCCAGCGGGCAUCUGUUUCCUGCAAAGUUGCCCCAACAUCCAAGUCUCGUUCAACCGCGCGCGAAUCCCCUAUGAUUAUCACCACGAGAGAAAAAGAGGUUGUUUCAGCUGGUUCGUUGACGAAUGGGAGAAACCGCCAUCUGCUUUCCCACGUGACGAACUUCUCGUUUUACCAUCCCGGAGCUGGAGUUCAACCCAAUAGCGACGGUUCGAAACUUUCAACUCGCAAGGAGUUAGAUCUACCCUGAAAAUUGGACUCGAGCGGUUCUGUGGACACUUUCAAGGCGAUUCUUUCACACCUCCGGCAGAGAAGGCUUUCUGAACAAUAAUUAGUUUGUAAGGCCUCUAAAUCUUAGUGAAAAAAAGAAGUAAAUCACACAUAACCGUAGCGUUACGCGCGACGUCACAAACGCUACUGUAGCUGAGAGUUUGAGUAAGCACUUCUUAGAACAAAUUUCAAGCCCCCUUAAAAGAAAAAUUAUUCAAGCAGAACUCUUAACACAAAGACACACGAGAGAGAGAGUGUAGAACCGAUUUGAAGAGAUAUUUGAAAAUAGAAGAAAUCUUAUUGUAACUGUGCAGACAAAAAAAAAACAAAUGAUUAUAUUACGAUACUAUUAGCUGUUGAUGAAGAGUAACAUUAUUCACUGUAUACACACUAAAAAUGGCGAGAAAGAAAAACAAACAAAAAAAUCAAUAAAAAGCGGACAAAAAACUUAA